AUCUCUAGCGGAGAGCGCGGAAAACAAACGGCGAAAUCAGAGAGAGCACGCGCAGAACGGGACAACGGUAAAUCGGACCCAACAUAAUAAACUUUUAGAAUCGCCUGCGAGAGAGAGAGCAGUCUUAAAAAGAAAGCUACCGCCUAUGGCCGUGGAGUCUCGGACUGGAUAAAACCAAAGCUAGCUGCAAGGAGAACCAAAUACAAUGAGUAGGAGGAGCAGCAACCAGGAGCCGAGUGUUAAAUCAGAGAAGAUGCAGCGCUACUACGCGGAACGGGAGACCACAGGACCCGAGUUCGACGAUCGCCUGAUAAAGCUGGUGCGCUCAAAUCCGGCCAUCUACGAUGUCAGCCAUCCGCACUAUCGCCGUAAUCCGGUCCGUGUGGACAUAUGGGAUCGAAUUGCAUCGGAACUGGGCGCCUCCUCGCGCUUUCUGCAGACCAAAUGGAAGAACAUACGCUACAACUAUCUGCAGGAGAUCAAGGCCAUUGAGACGGGCCAGGCGAAUCCGAAUGUGCGGAAGAGACGAUUCACCGAGGAUCUCUCCUUCCUACAGAACACCGCCCAGACCUACAACGUGAAGAAAUCCCAAAGCUACGUGACCGCUCAGAACGGCAUCAGCGACAAUGAUAGCAACAGUUUCCUUUACCCGGACCCGGAGCACCUCAAGAUCGAUGCCUCCGAGGGGUACGACAUCAUCGAGCUGGACAACAGUGACGAUGGCUCGCACAGCGACGAUAACGAGAUUGUACCGGAGCUGCAGCUGGUCAUGGAGCCCAAGGCUGAGCUGACCCUGCAAGGGCCGCUCAAUGGCACCAGCAGCAGCAACCACAGUCACGAACACGAAAAUGACCAGGACAAUACUCAUGUCAGCUCACCGGCCUCCUCACCCCUGCUCACACCCAUGGUAGUUAUGGGUAAUGGCUACGACCAGGACCAGCCGCAACAGCAGCAGCAGCAAGACCAUCAGCACAUCAAGAACAGCUCGUUGUCCAAUGGAGAGGUGACCAUUGAACCGAUAUACAAGGCGGCAACCAGCAGACGCACGAUACCCAGCGAAUUCCUGGUCAAUCCGGCGGCCACGCGGCGUACCUUACCCAGCGAAUUCCUAGCCAAUCCGGCGAAACGCAAGGCAGCAGCCCUCCCGUCUGCGCCAAAUCCAAGGCUUUCGCCCUUUAGCGAUCCCAUCGAGCUGUAUUGCCUUUCGCUGGUGGACACACUGCGCAGCAUGCCCAGGUCGGAACGGGAACGGGUCAAGUUCGAGUUCGCCAAUAUACUGAAGGAUGCCAAGUACAAGGAUGAGUCCUAAGUGGAUGACUUCCCGGUUGUGGGAUGCGAUGCUCUCUAUACUCUCUAUUUGCAAUACGUACAAUUUUUCAUUAGUCGUUUUAAUGAUAAACACACUCAAUCACAACCCACACACACACACCAAAGACCUUAUAAUAACAAGAUGCAUAACGCUCAUACAUCGGUUUUCCAAUUCUCUAAAAUUCUAGUUACUCAUCUUGUUAGUACACAUAAGAUCUUUGCGUGGACACUAUUUUGUAUACACCCGAGUUUUAUGUAAUACUCAAUUUACAAAGAAUUUGUAAUUCGCGUUUCUAGUUUCUAGGCUAAGCUGUAAGUUAGGUUGUCUUUUUAGUUUAUAUUAAGACAAGCGAUAUGAUAGGCCUGUGUCCAUAUCUAUUCAGUUGUAUCAACAAUGAUCCCAAAUAAAAAUAAAGCACAAAAACAAAGCA